AUGAUAACAGAAAGUAAAGAUGAGAAACGUGCACCAUUAGCUGGUUAUUCUGAUGACUCACUUGGUUCAGUUACUACAACAGGGAGUACUGAUUCAUGUAAUAAUAAUGAAUAUAAUAAAAUAAAUCAAUCAUAUAAAAGUUAUAAUCCAGAUAAUAUAACCUCUAUGAUGGAUGAAAGUAGUGAUAGUACAUUAGAAAGUAAUCAAUCAACUAUUAUACCAAUAGGUAUACUUAAAACAUCAACAUUGAAUACAAUACAUAAUAAUUGUAAUUCACCAAAUCAACGUAAUCAUCAUCGUAAUAAUAAUACACGUGGUGUUAUGUUCAAUACAAUUGUAACUGUUGAUGAUGGUAGUGAAGUGAUACGAUUAAAUUGUACAUUAGAUAAUUCAGAAUUGAAUAAAAAUAAAGUACCACCAACAAUAGAUAGAAUCAAUUCAUCAACGCCAACAACAACGCCAACGUCAACGCCAACAACAAUAACAGAGAGAUUACCACGUAGUAAAAUAUCACAUGAACGUGUUAAUAAAAGUAUACCACAAAAAUCUAAUUUAUACACAGAUUCAAUAAAAUCUUCAUUAUGUACAAAUAAUAAUAAUAAUAAUAAUAUUGAAACAAAAUUAUCUAAAAAUUUACAAAUUAAAAAUGACAAUAAAUUAGAGGAUAUAUCAUCACAAGUGAAUGAAUUUAGUUAUACACCACCAACACCACCACCAAGACGUACUAGUCAAAUAACACAAAUGAAUAUAGAUGAAAAUGGAAUAUUAACAGGUAAUAGACAAGAAGGUGAAAACAUUGAAAUAAUUUCACCAAUAUCGAAUAAACGAUCACUUCCAUUAUCUACAAGUGCUGAUGCAAAUGAAGGUGUAACUAGUCCAUGUGAAUGA